UCCAUUCUGUGACACAUCACACUCACAAAGCGAAACGAUAAUUGUGUUGUGUUGUGUAUGCUUUUUUUUUUUCUAUUUUAUUUUAAUUUAAUUUGAAAAUUUUAGAAAGGAAAGAAAGAAAGAAGAAGAAGGGAAAGGAGAAGAGAGAGUUGAGGAACUGAAAUGACGCAAUAGCCCCUUGUUAUUCUCCUCAUUUGAGCUUUUGCUUUUUGUUCUUGGGUUGUUUGUUGAGCGAUUCUCUCUGUAUUUCUUCACUUAGCCGCUGUAGAAAUUCAUCAUGGUGGCAACUGCUGCAACUUCUUCAUUUUUCCCUGUUACUUCAUCCUCGCCGGACUCUGGUGCAAAAGGCAACAAACUUGGUGGUGGGCCUGCGAACCUUGGAGGACUUAAAUCCAAACAUGCUUCUGGUGGCUUGCAAGUUAAGGCAAAUGCCCAAGCCCCUCCCAAGAUUAAUGGAACCUCAGUAUCUACUUCUGCAGAAAGCUUGAAGCAUGAGGCUGAUUCGCCUUCACCUGCCCCUAGAACUUUUAUCAAUCAGUUACCUGAUUGGAGCAUGCUUCUUGCUGCUGUCACAACAAUUUUCUUGGCUGCAGAAAAGCAGUGGAUGAUGCUUGAUUGGAAGCCAAGGCGACCUGACAUGCUUAUGGACCCCUUUGGGAUAGGAAAAAUUGUUCAGGAUGGUCUCGUGUUUCGUGAAAACUUUUCUAUUAGAUCAUAUGAAAUUGGCGCCGAUCGAACGGCUUCUAUAGAGACAGUAAUGAACCAUUUGCAGGAAACUGCACUUAAUCAUGUUAAGAAUGCUGGGCUUCUUGGUGAUGGAUUUGGUUCCACGCCAGAAAUGUGCAAAAGAAAUUUGAUAUGGGUAGUUACUCGGAUGCAGGUUGUGGUUGAUCGUUAUCCUACAUGGGGUGAUGUUGUUCAAGUAGACACUUGGGUUUCUGCAUCGGGGAAGAAUGGCAUGCGUCGUGAUUGGCUUUUACGUGACUGCAAAACUGGUGAAAUCUUGACGAGAGCCUCCAGUGUUUGGGUCAUGAUGAAUAAAGUGACAAGGAGGCUCUCUAAAAUUCCUGAAGAAGUCAGAGGGGAGAUAGGAUCUUAUUUUGUGGAUUCUGCUCCAAUUCUGGAAGAGGAUAACAGAAAACUGCCUAAACUUGAUGACAAUACAGCAGAUUAUAUUCGCAAGGGUUUAAGUCCUAGAUGGGGUGAUCUAGAUGUCAAUCAGCAUGUUAACAAUGUGAAGUACAUUGGCUGGAUUCUGGAGAGUGCUCCCCAGCCAAUCUUGGAGAGUCAUGAGCUGUCUGCCAUGACUCUGGAGUAUAGGAGGGAGUGUGGUAAGGACAGUGUGCUGCAGUCCCUGACUGCUGUAUCUGGUGCUGACAUUGGCAAUCUAGCUCACAGUGGACAUGUUGAGUGCAAGCAUUUGCUUCGACUUGAAGAUGGUGCUGAAAUUGUGAGGGGUAGGACUGAGUGGAGGCCCAAACGUGUGAACAACUUUGGUACUCUGAAUCAUGUUCCAGCAGAAAGCGCCUAAGAUUUUGAAUGGUUAAUGGCUGGAGUAGCAUCAGACUCCCUGCUAUGUUUAAAACUGAUUCUGGCCUCUGGAGAGUUUCGCUUGUGUUUGUCCAAUCUACAUGUCUUUAUAUAUACCUCAUAAUUUGUGUUACAUCGGUGGUUAAGGGAGGGAAAAGUAGCAGGAAGUCUCAUUCUCAUUCUCAUUGUAAUUAGCCCCUGCCCGCCCCUCUCUCUCUCUUUCUCUCCGCUCACUAUUUCAUUUCAUUUCUGGUUGCGCUACUGCUAGGCUGUCUUCAAUAUUUAAUUGCUUUAUCAAAAUAGCUAGGCAUGUAUAUUAUUAUUCUUUUCUCUUGGCUCUUAUAAAGAUGCAAUUUUUCCUUGUGAACUCAGCACAAUUAUUAUUUUAUGUAUAGCCUGUAGGCAAUAAUGACUUGUGCGUCUAAUAUAACCGUGAUUGUAUGCUCCAGCUUGUGUGUAUGCCAGCGUCCC